AUGCCAGACACAAAAGAACACACCCAGUCAAUCCUCGACUCAAUCGCCCGCCGAUGCAAAAGCCCAGGAGGCGCCAUAGCCGUCCUAAAAGACGGACAACUCCUCGCCCAACGCGUCUGGGGCUUCGCAGACCUAUCCCAGCGAAUCCCACUAACCCCCCACACCCAAUUCCCCAUCUGCUCCAUAACAAAGCAAUUCAUCUGUGCCCUGAUCCUGGACCUAGAACGCACGAUACCAUCAAUCCGAUCCCAGCUAUCAGAUGUCCUCCCAGACAUCCUACCCGGAGUAUCCGUCACAAUCGACCAACUAUGCCACAUGCAAUCCGGACUCCGGGAUUACUGGGCACUGACGACCCUCCUAGGCGCAAAGCCAGAUGACGAGUUCCUCAUUGAGCGCGAUAGUCCUGGUCUACGCGCGCGGACAAAAUCAGUCCACUUCGCGCCCGGGACAGAGUUCUCGUACUGUAAUCUGAAUUUCCAUGUUCUGGGGCUGGCACUGGAACGCGUAACAGGUCGGCCGUUGGGUGAAUUGCUUCAAGAGCGUAUUCUCAGUCCUGCAGGGAUGGAGACUGCGUUUUUGUGUCCGAAUACGGCGGAACAUCCUGCGCCGUGUGUGGGGUAUGAAGGGGAUGAGCAGAGGGGUUUUGUGCCUGCUGUUAAUCGGAUGGAGUGGGCUGGUGAUGCGGGACUGGUUGCUUCGCUAAAUGAUAUGAUUGCGUAUGAAAAGUAUCUUGAUGCGUGUUAUGUGGAUGAGGGGAGUUGGUACCGUGGUGCUAUUGCGAAGCCGGUUUUUGGGGAUGGGACGGCGGCGCCGUAUGCGUUUGGAUUGAGUCAUGUUGAUAUUGGGGGUGUGAAGACUGUUGGGCAUGGGGGUGCGUUGAGGGGGUAUCGGUUGGAGAGACGACAUGCGCCCAGUGAGAGGUUGUCUGUUGUUGUUCUUUUGAAUGGUCAGGGUGAUUCAUCGGGGCCUGGGGCUGAGAUUUUCAGGGAGGUUUUGGAUAUUCCGAAGCCCGUGUUGAGUGCGAUUAAGCCUGUUGAGGAGUGGUUUGGGGCGUUCCUUGAUCGUGAUACUCAGUUGGCGAUUGUUGUCACUAAGGGUGCACGCGAUGGUGAGGUUGCAAUUAGCUACGCUGGUGGUCCGGAGAAGGUCGCCUUGUCUGCGCCAACUCAGGCGAAAAACAACUCGAUGGUUGCGGCAAUCAAUGGGGAUACAUUGGGGGUUCAUCGCAUCCGCGACAAUCGGAGACUCAGCGCGCGGCGCAUUGUCCCUGACGAAGCUAUCUUGAAGAAUACUCCCUUCCAGGGGGUCUACCACUGCGAGGAGAUCGACUCUACGUUCCAUUGUAUUGGCGAGGCGGGGACCUUCUACGGCGCUUUCGACGGAUACUUGGGUCAGGGGCAUGCGACACCACUCAAGUACCUGGGAGGAGACGUAUGGGCAUUGACCUGCCCGCGCGGGCUGGACGCACCGGCCCCAGGCGACUGGACUGUGGUUUUCCACCGGGACGAAAACAAUGCUGUGAAAGGGUUCACCAUUGGCUGCUGGCUGGCCAGAGGCUUGGAAUAUAUUAAGAAGAUCUGA